AUGGGCAAAAAGAAGCGUGGUCACCCCGACAUCGAGGAGGUGCUAGCUCGUCCUUGGUGUUACUACUGCGAACGAGAUUUUGAAGAUUUGAAGCUCCUCAUCUCUCACCAAAAAGCCAAACAUUUCAAAUGCGAUCGUUGCGGACGACGACUCAACACAGCCGGAGGUCUCUCCGUACACUUGAACCAAGUCCACAAAGAAACCCUCAGCCAAGUCGAAAAUGCGCUCCCUAACCGCCAAGGACUCGAAGUCGAAAUCUUUGGCAUGGAGGGUAUUCCCCAAGACGCCCUGGAGCAACACCGCAGCCGAAUCAUCCAGAACUUCUACCAGGCCCAAGAGGACCGGCGCAUCGCAACGGGCAACCCUGCCUCGGGACAGGCGACGCCCAGGAAGAAGGUCAGGGUGGAAGCGUCGGAGGACCUCUUGAAAAGACUGGCCGAGUUUAGAGCGCAGAAGAAGGCGGGCAUACUGCCUCCCGCGGCGGAGGAGCGAACCAACACCCCUCCCACGGAACAAGGAAACCAGCAGCAAAACGCCGCGCAGCCAACAUACCCCGGCCAGCAGGCGUACGCAUACCCUGCCGACUCCCUACCGGCCCGACCUCCAAGCCACGCUCUCGGGGGGACUGGUCUGCCGCAACGACCGCCCCAGGCAGGCUACUGGCAGCCGCAGGGCGGUGCGGCCGGCGGCGUGGGCGACGACGUCGACCAACUGAUCCGCAUGGCCGAGGCGGGCGUCAAGCCGCAGCAGGCACAGGAAGCCGAAGACGCGGGCGACAGGAAGGCCAAGAAGGAGAAGAAGGGCAGGAUGAUUUACGACGAUGUCGAAUUCAGCCCGGAGGAGAGAAUGGCGGCGUUGCCUCGAUACGCAUUUGUUCCACAGGUCGGCGCUUAG